AACAGGAGAGGGAAGACUGGGUGGAGGCAGAACAGAAGGGAGAAGACAGCAGGGCAGACACUCUCCCAACACCUGCACCUGGUCACUUGAUUCUCCCUCAGUCAGCCCCAAAUCCCCUUUUUUAAUCAUCACUGGACUAACAUCUUGAUCACAUCACGGUGAUGGUUGCUGCCAUCCAGGCGUAAACUUUUGGGAAGAGUGGAACAAGGCUUCAGGGAUCCGUCUUUUCUUUCUUUCCUUCUUGAAGUGUUUCAUGGACGAACGCCGCCGGUUUAACAGCGACUGAUCAGGCUUCGGGGUUUCCUCCCAAGAGGAACUUGCAGACCCAUCGGAUUGUUCGGUGUGCGCGCAGGGCGGCUGAGCGAGAUUUUUCCAGUCCAGCUCCCGAGGCGCGUAACGCGGGGAAUGCAGCGGUAACAUCCCGCAAGUUUUGUGUGGAUUUGAGCGGCGCACGGCGGCCAUCGACAGCAGCCACAAACCAAAGAUUUAGAUCUCUGUGGGCCACCUGCAUGACUGUUACCAUGACAGCAUCUGGAGCCCAACUCCUCCUGUUGGCCUUAUGUGUUUACAGAGGCUCGGGCCUGCAGCAGUCUGCCCCUCGGGUUCGCCUCUCCUUCAAAGAACUCAUGGACACAAGAGCAGCGCGACCCUUCAGUUUCUCCUUCAACACCAGCGACUACCGUAUCCUCCUGAUGGACCAGGAUCAGGGCCGCCUGUACUUGGGCAGCCGGGAGUACCUGGUGGCUCUGGACAUGCACAAUGUCAACAAGGAGCCGCUCAUAAUUCACUGGCCUGCGUCUGCUAAAAGAAAAGGAGAAUGUCAGAUGACAGGAAAGGGAAGACAGGGCGAAUGUGCCAACUUCGUGCGGAUGAUAGAGCCGUGGAACCGCACCCACCUCUACACCUGUGGAACGGGGGCGUACCAACCCAUCUGCACGUUCAUCAACAGAGGCUGGAGGGCAGAGGACUAUCUGUUUCGGCUGGUCCCCGGGUACGUGGAUUCAGGGAAGGGAAAAUGCUCAUAUGAUCCCAAACAGGAGAACGUUGCAGUUCUGAUCAAUAGUAACCUGUAUGCAGGGGUCCAUAUUGACUUCAUGAGUACAGAUGCCGCUCUGUUCAGGACCAUGGGAGGAAGAACGGCAAUCAGGACCGAGCAGUACGACUCCAGGUGGCUCAACGAGCCCGUCUUUAUUCAGAUCCAGCAGAUACCUGACAGUGCAGAAAAGAACGACGACAAGCUUUACUUCUUUUUCCGUGAGAAGAGUCUAGACUCCAGCGGCGGGGCGAGCCCCACCGUUUUAGCCAGGGUGGGACGAGUGUGUCUGAAUGAUGAAGGAGGACAGAAGUCCCUGGUGAACCGCUGGACCACGUUCCUGAAGGCUCGUCUUAUCUGCUCAGUGAUAGGGGAAGACGGAGUGGAGACUCGAUUUGAUGAACUACGGGACGUGUUCAUUCAGCCGACACAGGAUGAACGAAACCCUAUGGUGUACGCUCUCUUCACCACAGCUGGCUCUGUGUUCAAGGGCUCCGCAGUCUGCGUGUAUUCGAUGGCUGAUAUUCGUAAUGUCUUCAAUGGACCGUUUGCCCACAAACAUGGUCACAAUUACCAGUGGACAGAGUACAAUGGCAAGAUUCCUUACCCGCGGCCUGGAACAUGUCCGGGAGGAACCUUCACUCCAGGCAUCCGUUCCUCAAAGAACUUUUCAGAUGAGGCUGUGAAUUUCAUCAGGGCCCAUCCCCUCAUGUUCCAUCCAGUUUAUCCUAUCCAUCGCCGCCCCCUGGUGGUGAGAACCGGCGUGGACUAUCGCUUCACGGCCCUGGUGGUGGAUCAGGUGGAUGCUGUGGAUGGGCGCUACGAGGUGCUCUUUCUGGGGACGGAUCGAGGAACUGUGCAGAAAGUUAUAGUUUUGCCUAAAGACCCAACCAGCAUGGAGGAACUGACGCUAGAGGAAGUGGAGGUUUUUCGGACCAGAGCUCCAGUCAAAACCAUGAAGAUAUCAUCUAAAAGACAACAGCUGUACGUGUCGUCAGACGCGGGGUUGACCCAGGUGUCGCUGCACCGCUGCGGCGUGUACGGCAGGGCCUGCUCUGACUGCUGUCUGGCCCGGGACCCCUACUGCGCUUGGGACGGAGAGAGCUGCUCUGCCUUCACUCCGUCGACCAAAAGGAGGAGCAGGAGACAGGACGUCAAACACGGCGAUCCGCUGAGGCAGUGCAGAGGCUUUAACGCCAAAGUGGAGAAACGUCUGAGAGAAACAGUGCAGUUUGGGGUGGAGGGCAGUAGUACCUUCUUGGAAUGUCAGCCUCGCACUCCCCAGGCCACCGUCAAGUGGCUGUUCCAGAGGGAAGGAAAGAGGAAAGUGCUUAACCGUGUAGGAGGAGUUGUGAAGACCAACCAUGGCAUCCUCCUGAAGUCUCUCAACCAAUCAGACGCCGGCCUCUACCACUGCCUCGCCACUGAAAACAAUUUUAAGCACACGGUGGCCCGGGUGGCUUUGCGCAUCCUUGACCGCGACAUUGUUUUGGCCCUCACCGCCCACGACGAGGACGAAGAGCCGGAGACACGCCACACGGGGCAUUACGCGCCGUCGCCCCUCGCCUCCACGCCCUUCCCGCCAGAGAUUAGACUGAUUAACCAGUACUGCCAGUCCUACUGGGAGCAGCUCAGUCCCAAACAGCAGCAGCGCAAACGCACCAGCCGCAGGCACACAGAGAGUCAGGACCAAGGCCUCGGCUAGGGCGACAAGACGGACGGGUGGACUUUUUCUUUGACACGUUGUUUGGGUGUCACUUCCAUUCAUUAGGCAGGUGACGCUGUCACUCUGUCGUUAAAGUACUAUAUUUGUGGUUUUGCACGUGUCAGCCCAGUGGACAUAUAUUACACUACUGAUGACCACAGUCUAGAUAACACCAUGUGUUUAUAGGUUUCAGAACACAUCUGCAUUACCACACAACUGUAAUGUUACCCGUGGCAACAGUCGCCACAGCGAUCACACACUUCACUCAAACAUGUUGGAACUAGGCUGACCGUGAUGUUACGUAUAUAUGACAUUCUAUUAAUGGGCUACAAAAUGCAAAAACACAAAUAUUCUCCCUUUUAAGUAUCUUGAAACAGAAAUGUAAUAUAUUGAUUGUGAAUAUAAUAUAUAUGGUUCUAAUAUGGUCAUUGGAUAACUCUUGUGAGAGGAUAAAUAUGAUGAUAGAAAUGCAUAUUUCGCAUGCGUACUAUUGUUGUUUGUUGCAAGUUGUACAUUUUACUGUCGUUCUGUUUUCUGACUUGGUGUGUUAUGAUAAUUGUAAGGUGUAAUGUAUUCUGUUAAGCUAAUUCCAUUGGAUGUUGUCAUAUAAUGACUGCCCUACUGUCCUGUGCUUCAGUGACCUACAGUAUGUGAGUGUUGAAGAUACGUAUAGCGUACAGUGUUCUUCCAGUUAUGCACUUUGUCGGUGGCGGUAUUUGAGGGAAUUGGGGAUCUUUGCACAGAUGUAUGAGUAAAAAUGCUACAGAAAUCUUUUUUUUUUUUUUUUUUAUGUACAGUAUGCUAUAAAAAUGGGAAUGAAACUGGCCCAGAGUUAGUAUUGUUUGCUGGUGUUCUGUUAUAUCCUGUAUUUGCAGUUUCUUUUUUUUUUCGAAAUGCCUGUUUUUUGUUUUUUUUUCUAAAGGAAACGUAUGGAACAAAUGGAAUAAAUUCCAGUCAGAGCCACCAUUCACCAUCAUAGUGGAGUGACACAGUGCUAUGUGUUGUUAUGUAGCCGAAUCAUACACUGGAAAUGUUUGAACACGUAUAUAAACAUUUCAGAAUUCUGUUAAA